AUGGGUGCCGGCAUCAGUGCCGGCCGAGUUGGCAAGUGGAGGCCGGGAGGGGCCGGCUUCCCUCUGAGCGACGGUCCUGCUUUGCAGCUGAUGGAGGAGGGCGAGGCCCAGGAGGAGGAGACCGAGGCGGAGGAGAAGGCGGCCAGCGAGGAGGAGGAGGAGGGCGAGGAGGAAGAGGAGUGGCUGCGGCUGCGGCCCGUGGAGCCUAGGUCGGCGCAGUGCUGCGGCAGCGGCUGCAGGCCCUGCGUCUUCGACCUUUACCGGCGGGACCUGGCCCGCUGGGAGGAGGCCCGGGCCAGGAACGACAAGGGGCUGCUGUCCGGGAAUCGCGGGGAGCGGGAGCGGGAGCCUGCCGGGUCCGUCCUGAGCCCCGAAGCGUUCCGGGCCUUCGACCUGAGCGCGGUGGACCAGCUGACCGACGACGCCUUCCGGUUCAGAUUCACGCUGCCCGCCAACGGCCGCCUGGGCCUGAGCCCCGGGCAGCAUAUCGUGCUCCGGGCUGAGGUGGAUGGCCAAGCUGUCCAGCGAGCGUACACGCCCGUGAGCCCCGUCGAUGCCCGUGGCUACUUUGACGUCUUGAUCAAGUGCUAUCGCAACGGAUUGGCGUCCCGGUUCAUCAGGUCCUGGAGAGUGGGUGACUCGGCCCUCUGGCGCGGCCCCUUCGGGGGCUUCCCUUACCGGCCCAACCAGUUUGGACAGCUGCUCCUGCUGGCGGCCGGGACGGGCCUGGCCCCCAUGCUACCCAUCCUGCACGGCAUCACGGGCGACGCCGACGACGAGACGUUCGUCACGCUGGUGGGCUGCUUCCGGACCUUCGGGGACAUCUACCUGAAGUCCGUCCUCCAGGACCUGGCUCGCUUCUGGAACGUGCAGGUUCUCUUCGUGCUCAGCCAGGAGCCGUCGCUGGAUGGGCUCCCCCAGAGCUACCGGGACAGAACCCACCUGGGCCGCCUGGACCGGGACCGGAUGGUGCAGGUGGUGGGCGGUUGCCGGCGGAAGCCGUUCGCGCUGGUCUGCGGCCCCCCUGACUUCCAGAAAGACGUGGCCGGCCUCCUGCAGGCCGCCGGGCUGACGGAGGAGUCCUUCUUCUUGUUCUAGCCUCGGGCCGCCGCCUCCCGGCUUGCCCGGGGGCUCGCAGAGGGGCUGACAGAGGAGUCGUUCUUGUCCUAACCUCGGCCCGCCCUCCUCCCGGCCUGCCCGCGUGCCCACAUCGGGGUCGGGGUCUAGCUCCCGAGCCGUCUCCGUCCCCUCCCCGAGUCCUUGGGACGGGGGCCUUCCUGGGCCGGGCGCUUCGCCCGAGAACGGGGCAGUGAGCCCCCACACCAACCCCAACCCCCGUCCCUGCCCCCCGGCUGGCCCCAUGGCUUUGUCCACGCCAGUUCCUCUCUCAGGGUCUGGGGGGAGGCGUGUCCGACGGGGGAGCCUUUCUGGUCUGGAGGGCCGGUGGUAAGAGCCUCCGACCCCUCAAAUAGCGCUUUCACUCGCCGUCACCACUUGAGGUCCCAACCUCCCCACCCCCCUGUAGCAGACUUGGACAGAUCUUUACAUUUUAUUGCUCCUGCGUAAUAUAUUUUAUUUAAUGCCCCGUCUCCCUCAGCUCCUUGAGGACAGGGAUAGUAUCUACUGACUGUUUUGUACUCUCCCCAGGGGCUCCUACGGUGCUCCGUACAAAGUAUUAUUUUCAUCUUGUCUGAUGUGCCUUUGGCCAAAUCCCUUGUUCUUAGACCGGGGUCAGGGAUGCCAUCCGAUUCUCCUCCGGGUAAUUUUUUUUUCUCUAGUGCUUAGCACAGUACUUGGCGCAAAGCUGGUAUUUAAUGAAUACCACUACCGCUUCUCCCGCUAAGGGCUACCAUCACUGGACGUAGGUGUUCCCAGGGAGGCAGGGACAAUAGGUGGAA